ACACAUGCAGGGGUUAUGGGAGAGCAGAGGCGAGGGCAGGACCCACCUCCAGGUGCACCCAGAGCCCACAGGCCACGGCAGAGGCCACCAUGGCAGGGGCCACAUGGUCUUCGCCACAAGUGGACCUUGGGUGGGAGCAUCUGCCGGCCCAGCACCGAGCAGUGUGCUGGGGAGGGGAGCUGGCGUUUGCAGGACAUGCUGCGCCAGCGCCCCCAGCUGCUGCUCCUGGGGAGCCUGCUCGCCCUCCGGUCUGUCCUGUCCCAGGAGUGCACCAAGUACAGAGUCAGCACCUGCCGGGACUGCGUCGAGUCAGGGCCUGGCUGCGCCUGGUGCCAGAAGCUGAACUUCACGGGGCAAGGGGAGCCUGACUCCACUCGCUGUGACACGCGGGAGCAGCUGCUGUCAAAGGGCUGCGCGUCGGAUGACAUCAUCGACCCCAGGAGCCACGCCACGACCCAGGAGGACCAGGUGGGGGGCCAGAAGCAGCUGUCCCCACAGAAAGUGACACUCUACCUGAGACCAGGUCAGGCGGCUGUGUUCAACGUGACCUUCCAGCGGGCCAAGGGCUACCCCAUCGACCUGUACUACCUGAUGGACCUCUCAUACUCCAUGCUGGACGACCUCAUCAACGUCAAGAAGCUGGGGGGCGACCUGCUCCGGGCCCUCAACGAGAUCACCGAGUCCGGCCGCAUCGGCUUUGGGUCCUUCGUGGACAAGACGGUGCUCCCCUUCGUCAACACGCACCCCGAGAAGCUGCGGAACCCGUGCCCCAACAAGGAGAAGGAGUGCCAGGCCCCGUUCGCCUUUCGGCACGUGCUGAAACUCACCGACAACUCCAAUCAGUUCCGGACGGAGGUCGGGAAGCAGCUGAUCUCGGGAAACUUGGACGCCCCCGAGGGUGGGCUGGACGCCAUGAUGCAAGUCGCCGCGUGCCCGGAGGAGAUCGGCUGGCGCAACGUCACCAGACUGCUGGUGUUUGCCACGGAUGACGGCUUCCACUUUGCGGGAGACGGGAAGCUGGGCGCCAUCCUCACUCCCAACGAUGGCCGCUGCCACCUGGAGGACAACAUGUAUAAAAGCAGCAACGAAUUCGACUACCCAUCGGUGGGCCAGCUGGCACACAAGCUGGCAGAAAGCAAUAUCCAGCCCAUCUUCGCUGUGACCAAGAGAAUGGUGGCAACGUACGAGAAGCUCACGGAGAUCAUCCCCAAGUCUGCAGUCGGGGAGCUGUCAGACGACUCCAGCAACGUAGUCCAGCUUAUUAAGAACGCCUACAACAAACUGUCCUCCAGAGUCUUUCUGGAUCACAACACCCUCCCUGACACCCUGAAAGUCACCUACGACUCCUUCUGCAGUAACGGGGUAUCGAAGGUGGACCAGCCCAGAGGGGACUGCGACGGCGUCCAGAUCAACGUGCCGAUCACCUUCCAGGUGAAGGUCACAGCCACAGAGUGCAUCCAGGAGCAGUCAUUCGUCAUCCGGGCGCUGGGCUUCACGGACACGGUGACUGUGCGGGUCCUCCCCCAGUGCAAGUGCCGGUGCCGGGACGCGAGCCGGGACCACAACCUCUGCGGCGGCAGGGGCUCCAUGGAGUGCGGAGUCUGCAGGUGCGACGCCGGCUACAUAGGGAAGAACUGCGAGUGCCAGACGCAGGGCCGGAGCAGCCAGGAGCUGGAGGGAAGCUGCCGGAAGGACAACGGCUCCAUCAUCUGCUCGGGGCUGGGGGACUGCAUCUGCGGGCAGUGCGUGUGCCACACAAGCGAUGUGCCCAACAAGAAGAUCUACGGCCAGUUCUGCGAGUGUGACAACGUCAACUGCGAGCGCUACGACGGCCAAGUCUGCGGGGGCGAGAAGCGAGGGCUCUGCUUCUGUGGCACCUGCAGGUGCCACAACGGCCACGAGGGCUCAGCGUGCCAGUGCCUCAAGUCUACAAAGGGCUGCCUCAACCUGGAUGGCGUCGAGUGCAGCGGCCGCGGCCGGUGCCGCUGCAACGUGUGCCAGUGCGACCCCGGCUACCAGCCGCCCCUGUGCCUCGAGUGUCCGGGCUGCCCCGCGCCCUGCGCCCGCUACGCCAACUGCGCCGAGUGUCUGAAGUUCGACCAGGGCCCCUUCGCCAAGAACUGCAGCGCAGCGUGCGGGGAGACGAAGCUGCUGCCCAGGCCACUGCCCGGCCGCACGUGCAAGGAGCGCGACUCCGAGGGCUGCUGGAUGACCUACACCCUGCUGCAGCGCGAGGGGCGGGACAGAUACGACGUGCACGUGAACGACACGCGCGAGUGCGUGAAGGGCCCCAACGUCGCCACCAUCGUGGGGGGCACCGUGGCGGGCGUCGUGCUCGUCGGCCUCCUCCUCCUGGGCAUCUGGAAGGUCCUGACCCACCUGAGUGACCUCAGGGAGUACAAGCGCUUCGAGAAGGAGAAGCUGAAGUCCCAGUGGAAUAACGACAACCCCCUUUUCAAGAGCGCCACCACGACAGUCAUGAACCCUAAGUUUGCUGAGAGUUAGGGCUGCUUGGUGAAGACGGGGCCUCCUGCGCCGCCCAGGUGGGAGCGCCCCACGCCGCGUCCCCUCCCGCAGGCCGCCCGUGACCCCGUCGCCUGGUGGACUCGGCUGACGGCACUUGACAACUUCACCACUAACGGAAAGUCCACCGUUUUUCCUGCCCCCAGAAUGACAGACGCGGCCAGAUAAUUCUAGGGACGCAUCAGAAGGGCCAGCCUCCCCCUUCUGACAUGAGUGACUCUUGAUAGCAACUUGAAGAAGGAAUUGCUCGCGUCCCGUAAGGUUAGACAUGUGUUGUCCUUUGUAAAAAUUAGCACAGCAGUCUGAUGAAAGGUGGUACAGAUUUAUUUAUAUGUGAACUUCUCAGAGUGUAAAAUUACAUCCCGUUGAUCAUGCUGCCCCCAA